UUAGAUAAUCGCCAAAUGAAAGCGUCCAGCGUUGAAACAGAAGAAACAUGUUUCUAGACCCGUAUCUAUAAAAUAUCUUCAUUUCUGUAUAAAGCUAAAUUGUUUUGAUAAUUAAAGAAAUGCAAUUGACAUUUAUUUGUUAUUUAAACAAUAUUGAGGGUUUGCGCUACAUGAACUUUACCCAAAAAUACAAUUUAGUCUACAAAAGAGGCAACCGGUGUUCCUUACCCCACCCAUUCACUUAGAGUUUUGAAUUGACGGUCAGUAUAGAGAUACUUAACACCUAGUCUGAGUGUUGACUUGAGGUAAAUAUGGCUGAAGAUAGUAGUAAGAAAAUCAAGUAUGUUCCUAUGGUGUUAGAGAAGUCACAAGUCCCUAGAGGAGCUAUCAGGGUUUCCCAGUCGGAUGUUAUAGCAAUGCAACAAGCUAGAAUAAGAAGAUGUAAAUCUAUCUCUGAAAUAAGUGCUUUUCGAUUUGCACCACAUAUACUCGGAGCUUCAACUGCGUUAACUGCAAUGUCUAUUAAUUCACAUUUUCGGUUAAAGUUUCAGUUAAUGAAUCUUGGAGUGAUGUUUAGUUACGGUCCAGUAGUGGUUGUUCCAACCUUAAUGACUCUUUUAUUGAAUGAUUUUUUGUCGACCAAGGUGCUUUUACAACCUGAGUGUAGGGAGUGCCUACAGGUGAGAAGUGGUGUUUUUCAAGUGGCAACCUCUGUGUUAUAUAGUUCUGUACUUGCUCCGUUAACCAGUAUUAUAUUAUCAAGGAGAAACUUCACAUAUGCAAAUCCUAGGAAUAGAUUUGAACCAAACAUAUACCAUGCAUUAAAGACAAAUGCAUAUGUACGUGGAUGCUUGGCAGCUUUAAUGGCUGCAAAUUUUACACUAGGGGCUUAUGUACGAUACAAACAAAGCCAACAACUGGAUAGUUUAAUGGAGAAGGAAUCCCACGUCGACACAAAGAAAAUUCUAGAAGAAAUAAGAGACUAAUUUUAAUUACAUUCAUUUGAUAUUAGAUUGUUGCAUCUGUUCUGUUACUUUUUUAUUCAUGAUAGCAUGUUAUGAGUUCUAUAUUUCAGCAUUUUUCAAAAGUCCUGUGAAAUUAAGAAACAAUUUGAGCCGUGUCACGACAAAACCAACAUAGUGCAUUUGCGACCAGCAAUGGAUCCAGACCAGCCUGCACAUCUGCCCAGUCUGAUCAGGAUCCAUGCUGUUUGCUAUCAGUUUCUCUACUUGUAAUAGAGUUGGUAAGCGAACAACAUGGAUCCUGAUCAGACUGCGCAGAUGCGUGUUGAAAAAAAAUCAUGAUAAAACUUAGUGACAUUAUGCCCAUCCUAAAGUAUAUAGUGUGUCUACAGGUGAAAACCAAAUAAGUUACAUUUUGCCAUUAUUCUUUUUAAUUUUAUUAUUUACUUCACACGAAUAAUAAAUAACUCACAUGGCCUGAAAAAAAACUUCCUGUAAAUAUCCAUCGGAAUUUACAUGUGACAUUCAAUAUUUUAAAAAGAAUGGGGCAGUCUUUUUUUUAUAUUUUGGGCAGAUUUUUGUAUCCUUAACAUUUUCCAAUUUUUAUUGAUGAUCAAACACCAUUAAAACAAUCAAUGUUUUGAAAGGUGUAAUAAGUUCAGCUCAACUUAACAAUUAAAUAAUGAGCAUAAUGUCACUAACCACCUACUUAUUUUCUUUCAAAAUAGACUUGGUGUAUGUUUGAUUUUACAACUGUAUGUUAUAAAAAUUAUGUUUAAAGCCUCUAAAGUUUAUGCUGUUGUUUUGAAUAAUGAAAUAUAAGUGUUAGUAGCUGAUACAGAAAGAAAUGGGGGAAAUGUUAUUCAGUUUGCCAUAAAUGUUUUACAGUUGAGUUUAUGUUUGAAAGCUAUUUGCACUGCCAUAAUCAUGAAAUGAGCCGCGUCACGAAAAAACCAACAUAGUGGGUUUGCGACCAGCGUGGGUCCAGACCAGCCUGCGCAUCCGUGCAGUCUGAUCAGGAUCCAUGCUGUUUGCUGUCAGUUUUCCACUUGUAAUAGAGUAGGUAAGCGAACAGCAUGGAUCCUGAUCAGACAGCGCGGAUGCACAGGCUGGUCUGGAUCCAUGCUGGUCGCAAACCCAUUAUGUUGGUUUUGUCAUGACUCAGCUCAAAUGGUUAUAAAAUGAUCAAAUGUUUAAUUACCUAUAAAUUAUGAAUGUUGCACUUUAUAUUAAAUGUGCUUUUUGAAUUUGAGGUAAAAAGUGCUCAAUAUAUAAUUUAUGUAUAUUGAAUGUUUAGAUGUUAAGUCUGGACAAUUGAAUAUCAAAGUGUUUUAAGUUAAUUUUAAUAAUAAAGCUAGAAAUGAAA